AGUUUUUCGGAGAUACGGUUGAGUGAGCAAGUUAGACUGUGUGUGCUGGUUUUUUGAGAUCAGAAGAGAAGGAUAAGGACAGGGUAGCGUGCACGUUCUCGUCCCUGCUGGUCAGGGUACGAGUAGGGAGCUGGCCUCCCCAAACAGAGGAAUCAUCUGAAUCUUAUUUUGUCAUCUUUCCCAGUGCUGACAGAUGGAGGAACAACACGCUGCAGCCGCCCAUGUGAUGGAGGUAGAAGGCUACAUAAAAGAGUUCACCCGCCACUCCAACGAUGUAUUGCUGAACUUAAAUGAACUGAGGCAUCGGGACAUUCUGACAGAUGCCACGCUGCUAGUGGGCACUGCCAAGCUUCGUGCCCAUUGCGCUGUGCUCAUCGCUUGCAGUGGAUUCUUCUACUCUCUUUUCUCUCGUCGUGUGGCUGGUGCUUGUGGCGAGCGAGGCUUUUCUCUUACCCUUCCAGAGGGGCUGGACGCGGGAAGCGUGUCACUGCUGCUGGACUUCAUGUACACCUCCCGCCUCCCUCUCACACCCCAUACUGUGUCUGGAGUACUAACCUCCGCCACCUACCUGCAGAUGGAGCAUGUCGCAGACACCUGCCGAGCAUUCAUUCAAAACAGUGAGAGAGUCAACACGAGUCCCUCCUUAAUGGAGCCAACUUUGAGAGUGCCCCUUGGUGGCAGGUCGCCACCUGUGCAUCCCAUAGUCUUCUCCUCCCCCUCCAGGCCUACAGCUGAUGCAGAAGAUCCAAGCCCAGACCGGGCCAGGGUUCCAGGAGAAAGCUGUGCCUCCCUGGAUCCAGACACUUGCCUAAAAUUAGAAGAGCCUGAGUCCUCUCCUUCAGCUCCUUCCACCCCAUUUCUAAACAGUCCUUCCCAUUCCAGGGGCCAUCCCAACUCACCUGCUGAGUCCAGCAGCUGCAGUCUAUCUCCCCAACUAAAGAAGAGAUCUGAAGCUAAGUCUACUCCUGAUCCAAAAGCCUGUAACUGGAAGAAGUAUAAGUAUAUUGUCCUCAACCCUCUUUGUGCCACACCUAUAAAGGAGGAGGGGCCUGAAGAGAAGCAUCAAGCACAAAGCCACUCCCCUUUUGUCAGUGAUAGGAUGGAAGCCUCAUCCAUGGCACCCAGUGAUGUAUGGACAGGGGAGGAGCCUAAUAGGAAAAGCUUGUCUCAUCAAUAUAACACAUCGCAGCCAAAAAUAUCUUUUACUCCCCAUCAUGAUAUUGACCGCAAUUUCCAACUGUUGACCGUGUCAGUGACUGAGGACAAAGGUCUCUGCAGUCCUUUUCUUUGUACACCACUAUUGGAAAUAGCCAAUCAGAGGAGUCAUUUGUUAGGCCAACAUCCAAUCAAGUUUGAGAAUCUCUCUACACAGCUCAGUUACUCUGGAAAUACUGGCAACACAAAACCUUCCUGCACAGGAGACAAGCCUUACCGCUGUAAUGUGUGUGGGGCACAGUUCAACCGGCCUGCUAAUUUAAAGACCCAUUCCCGCAUCCAUUCUGGAGAGAAGCCCUACCGCUGUGAUACCUGCGGAGCCAGAUUUGUCCAGGUAGCUCACUUACGUGCUCAUGUUCUGAUCCACACCGGGGAAAAGCCGUACCCAUGUAACACCUGUGGAACUCGUUUCCGCCACCUGCAGACGCUGAAGAGUCACCUGCGUAUUCACACUGGAGAAAAGCCUUACAGCUGUGAGAAAUGUCACCUGCAUUUCCGUCAUAAGAGCCAGCUUAGACUUCACCUAAGACAGAAACAUGGAGCAAUCACCAACACCAAGAUCCGUUACAAGGUUCUGGCAGACCCGUACCAACCUGGGCCCACUCUACUACAAGCUUGCUGAAGGCCAUUUUUAUAUAUGGGUAGCAGCUACUGUUUAUGCUCAUUCUUAAAAUCAGCAGAUAGUUGAAAAUCUAAGCUGAGGAUUGAUAGAUCUAUAAUACAGUAUUGUAAAGCCUAUUAAGAUGUGGAGUGCUGCAUUCGAGGAGCUUAUGACAAUUAUAUCACAUAACACAUAUAGGACCUUUAAGAAUGCAGUACUCCUGCACUAGAUGUGCUGACUGUUACCUUGAUUAUUUGUUAAUUAAUUAAUAUUAUUAUUUAUUUUGCUUGGCUGAGAAUUCUCUCUGUUUCUCAUGUCAAAAAGGACAUUUUGUUUAGCCAGUAAACAUGUGGCAGGUGAAAGUAUGUAAUUCUAACAUUCAAAAGGGAAUGUUAGUGCCACUGGGAAACUUUAACAAUACAUUUGUUCAGUUGAAGAUGAAGUUAAAGAUGGUUUGUGGUGGAGUGCACAGUAGUUUAGUAAUAGUUUUAGAGAGACAUGAGAGCUGAGUAAAGGUAAAAUGAGCAGAGCAUGGAGCAAGGAUGUUGGAGAGAUGACAAAGUUAAUAUAGAUGAAUAAAGAAAGUGUAAUGAGGGAAUUAAGCAUGUUUGAUAAAGAUGAGACAAAAUGCUUUUUUGUCAAAAUGUCAUUUUUAUAUCUAUUAAUUUGUAUUAUUAUUAUUGUUAUUUAACCUGUUCAGAGAGAGUGUUCUUUUUUAUUUGCUCAUGAAUGUGACAUUUGUGCUAUUAUUCUGUUUCCUUUUUUAUUUUUUAAAUAGCAGAAUAACCAGAAUGGGGCAAACUUAAAUAUAACCUGGUAGUUGCUUAUUUACUGCCAGUUAUUCAGUAUCUUAAUGUACUAAUUUAAAAGGCCUGGAGCCUAUUUAUUUUUUAAGUAAUAAUAAGAAAAUCUCAGAGGAUUAGCCUCUUUGUGUUUCCUCAGCUGUCUUUUACUGAUAGUUUUGUUUGAGAGAUCACAUUGUGAUGUUUAUGGUGAUGUUUAUGUAUGAUAGUUUAGGGUCCAAGCAGGUUGAGGACUCUCACUAGCCAAACAAAGAUACAUGUAAAGAGUGAUGAUGAGGAUAAUAAUAUCAACAAUAUUGUGUGAUGCUCUUUUGCUGGACAAAGACAAGACCUAUUUUAUAUCAAUUUAAAUUAAUUUCUCUUAUGCUGGAUAUGUAUUCUUUGAGUGCACGUGUGGAUGUGUCUGCUUUCUCAUAUCAUGAAGUGUUUGUCAGAACCUCUUCUAUAAUCAAAUCAUCUGUGUGAGUGUCUCUCAAAAUAAAAACUGUUUAAACCUAAAAUGAGUCAUUCAAGGCACUUUAUACCUAAAAAGCUUCACUACAAGUACAAAUCUCAUUCAACGAUCUGAUUCUUGGAGCCCAGAAAACAAAGAAUUCACCUCUUUGCCCUUCCUUCCUCUGAUUAGCUCACAAUUUAGACCCCAUGACUCACCCCAAAGUGUCUCACUUCUCUUCGGGUGGUGCUGAAAAAUAAACAAUAGAGCAACUGGCACCUGUUUCCGGCCUUAGACAAUAAACAGGCACACACACAAAUACUACCUGUCUGUCUAUAUGUGUAGUUCUGAAUAAAAGUUUCC